AAAUGUGGAUGCAACUGCUUUGCACAUGCGUGUAUUUGUAUGAAUAGCAAGUGCCUUGCUGAACUCUAUUGUAGAAUGCCUACAGAUGAAAUCAUUAAGUUUAUUUUUUUUUAUGAUAUGGGUCAUAAAUGCACUGGGGGGUGUGGUUUUGAGAAACAAGCACGUGUACAUAACUCUUGGACAACUGGAAGCUGAGCAAAUUUCUUGCCAAGGGAGCCCCCUCGUCACGGGACCGCCCUGCUUGCGCCCCCGCCCGCGCGCCCGCAUCCCUGUGGCAACCCUGCUCCCUCCUCCCUUAGCUCCACCUCUCCCGCUGGUCUUUGAUUGGGUCCUCGGGAGCUUCGCCCUCAAGGCGGACUGGAUUUGGCCUCUGCUCGAAACUUUCAAAGGAGGAAGGAAGUGGCUGGAGUUUGCAACAGGCAACUCCUUGCGAUCCGGAGACCCCUUCCUCCUUUCGCGCAGUUGGAUCUCCCAGGUGCAUCCCGUCAGUUUGGCAUGCAAGCUGAGCAGCACCAGAAGGAGGAGGAGGAGGAGCAGGAGGAGGAAGAUGAAGAGCAGGAAGGCAGUGGGGGGCCUGACAGCGCUUUCGAGAAAAGCCCCUUCCAACUGACUGCUGAGGAUGUCUAUGACAUCUCUUACGUCCUGGGCAGGGAGCUACACAAGCUCAGCAGCGAGCCGCGCGUGGCCGUGCCCUCCAAGGUGGCCCAGCUGCAGUUCAAGAUCGUCAGCAUCCUGGAGAUGCUGGAGGCGCUGGUGAAUGAGACCAACCUGACGGUGGAAGCCCUGAAGAUGGAGAGAGACAGCUUGAGAAGAGAGGUGGAGGGGCUCCGGGAGCAGGCAGCCAGCGGAAGCACAAAAGAGGUCUGUCCAAACUUGGGACUGAGUUGUUGUUGUAAUUUAUUGCAUUUAUAUCCCACCUUUUCCCCCCAAGGACCUCGAGGUGGUCACACAGUUCUUCCCCUUCUUCAUUUCAUCCCCACGACAACCCUGAGAGGUAGUUUAGGCGAGAGAGAGGCAGAGAGUGCAACUGGCCCAGGGUCACCCAGUGAGCGUCAUUGCUGAGUGGGGAUUCCAACCGUGGUCUCCCACGAUCCAGUCAGACACUCUCUCCACCACACAACACCGGUUCUCAUUAUGAGAUGUGCAGGGCCAUAGCUCAUAGAGCACCUGUUUUGCAGGGAUAAGGGCUCCCUAGCGACUCCAGGCAGGCUGGGAGAGUCUUCAGCAGCUAGAGGGACCCAGGGUCUGGCUUGGUAUAAGGCAACUCCUUAGGUUCCCAUUACAAUUAUUAUUAUUACUGUUAUAUAUUUAUUUAUACUCUGCCUUUUCCCUUGAUGGGACUCAUUAUCACCGUCGUCAUCGGUUUGGAGAUGCAAGAGAUGCCUUUGUCUGGGUCUGGCACCAUUUGGACAGGAAGCUGUCUGCAGGCAUCAUAUCGUAGCAGUCAUGCAAGUGUUGGAAAGAAAUACUCACAGAGGGAAAAGGAAGGAGCGUCAUGCCUGCACAAAGCCAGGCAGUUCUUUCCAGUGUCCCACAGCUGAGUGGAGAAAAGAGAACUGACCAGCCAAGCCAGCAUUCUGCGCCUAGCCAAAUAUGCAUCUGGGAAGCUUAAAAAAAAAAAAAAGGUAAAGGACCCCUGGACAGCUAAGUCCAGUCAGAGGCAACUAUGGGAUUGCAGUGCUCAUCUCACCAUCAGGCCGAGGGAGCCAGGGUUUGUUUGCAGGCAGCUUUCUGGGUCAUGUGACUAAACCGCUUCUGGUACAACGGAACACCGUGACAGAAACCAGAGCUCACAGAAACACCGUUUACCUUCCUGCCACAGCAGUACUUAUUUAUCUACUUGUACUUGCAUGCUUUUGAUCUGCUAGGCUGGCAGGAGCUGGGACAGAGCAACGGGAGCUCACUCCACUGCAGGGAUUCAAACCGCUGACCUUCCAAUCAACAAGCCCAAGAGGCUCAGUGGUUUAGACCACAGCGCCACCCGCGUCCUGCACCUAGCAGAUAUGCCUCUGUGAAGAUCGCAAUGUGGCAACCUUCUCCCCUGUUUGCAGUGUCAUAGCUCCAUGCCAGAUCACAUGCAAGAGCAGAAGUGAAAAUAAUGCACAUGGUUGAAAUUUAUUACAUUUUUAUCCCACCCUUCCUCCAAGCUCAGGGUGAUGUCCACUGAGGACUGGGAAUCUGUGACACACACACCUUCCAGACAGGGCCGAUGAAAGGGAGCCAGACUUUCUUGCAUAUGUUUUAUCUGAUUCUCAACAAAAUGUAUGUUUCAUGUGCAAUGCACACAGAAUUCUGAAUUACAGCUUGCAAACUUGUGCCGUGAACUGAGCAUUUCCAACUCUGUACGAUUGUUUGCGCCUGUGCUUUGAUGGUGUAAUGCUGCAGUCUCAUCUUUUGAAGUGCAGCUGCAGUUGUGCAUUUUUGUAAGAGAACACUGUGUGAAUGCAACAAACUCGUUGCAUGACGCACAGUUUGCUGUGUUACACAUGGAAGUUUAAUGUUUAGAGUGUGUGGUUAGUUUGGUAGCAAUCGUGUGGGUGUUUCCAUAAUUGAUAUUAGUCAUUAGGAUCUUAAGAUUCUCAUCAGGUAUGAAUGUUAACAUAUUUAUCAUUACCAUAAAAAUGAGACCACACAUUUAUUUUAGACGCUGUGCAUAGAUUUUUAGCCAGUCUGCCCUUGCUGGUGCUCUGCUUCCAGAUGCUCUUGGCCUACAACACCCACCUCCCCAACCAUUGACUCUGCUGGCUGAAGCUGAUGGGAGUUGGAGGCCAACAUUCAGAAGACCGCAGGUUCCCCAUCUCUGGCAUACAUCAAAUCUCUUGCACUUUUUCUUCACAACAGCCUUGUGAGGUUGACUAGGCUGAGAGGGAGUGCUUGGCCAGAGGAAAGUGCUUUAUACCAAAUCAGAUUAUCGAUCUACCUAGUUGUCUACAAUGACUGCCAGUGGCUAUCCAACAUCCCAGAGGGUUUUUCCAGCCCUGCCUGGAGAUGCAUUCCUGGUCCUAGUCUGAAACUACAUGCUUGUGAAUUUUUUUGAAGUCCUACAAGAGAAAGUGAUUUACACAAGUUUUACACUUUGCAAUCAGUCCUAAAAGGAAAAUUAUUAUUAUUCCUGUUUUACAAAAAUUCACGGAGGGGAAAAGAGGAAAUAAAAAUGGGAAAAAUAAGGAAAAAACGAAGUGUUGGACUGGAACCUGGGACACCCAGGCUCAAAUCCCCACUCAGCCUUGAAACUCACUGGGUGAACUGGGUGUCUCCAUUUAGUCUACUCCACAGGGCUGUUCUGAUGGUAAAUAAAAUGAGGAGAACUUAAGCUCCUUGGAGUGAUGCAAAGGUGGGAUAUAAAUGUAAUAACACAGCAGCGCAGAAGUCAGAAGAUAAGUGACUAUCCAAAGGCCACCCAGGGGUGCAUGGCAAAGCUGGAAUUUGCUCAGUUCUCUCCUAGCUUUCAAAUUCAAACAGCUGACCUGUGUUUUUAUAUGCGGCAGUGUGUACAUCGUUCUUUAUUGUAAGCAUCCUGGCCCUUGCCAAACUAUAGGAAUGGAGCAUUAAAUACCUGAUUUUUUCUUUAAGUCUCAUAUGGUCUUGCAAGUAGGAUCUGCGACAGAAUGUUGAAGUGCAUCCCCCUUGCCUCCUAGCAGGAGCAGUGCUGUUCAGGAUUCUGGCCAGCCGUGCCCUCCUCCUGGAAGAAGCUCAAAGGGACCACAGGGUUAAGGUGGCAGCGUUUCCGAUGUUUUAGUUUAGAGGAAAGGCGAGUAAGGCAACAGGAUAGAAGUUCUUAAAAUUAUGCAUGGCAUUGAGAAAGUGGAUGGUGAAAAGUUUUUCUCCCUCUCUUAUAAGACUGGAAUUCGUGGGCAUCUCAUGAAGCCGCAUGUUGGAAGACUUAGGGCAGAUAAAAGAAAGUACCUCUUCGCUCCCCCAGGAGGCAGUGAUGGCACCAACCUGGAUGGCUGCAACAGAGGAUUAGACAAAUUGAUGGAGGAGAAGGCCAGCAAUGGCUGCUAGCCACAGUGCCUCAGCUGUGCCUCCGUGGUUUGAGGGAGCAAUGCUUCUGAAUACUAGCUGGAGGAGAGCGGGCUCAUGGGCUCAUGUUCUGGUCUCCCACAGGCCUCUGGUUGGUUGCCGUGACAACAGGAGGCUGGACUAGCUGGACCAUUGGCCUGAUCCAGCAGACUCUUCUUAUGUUCUGAUUCCCUCCCAUUUCCAUUUUUUAUUUUACAACUGGCAUUCCCACUUUACUGAGUGUGCUCAGAUCUUGGGGCUGGUGGUGAGGAUUAUCUUGUGCACCUAAAUGUCAGGGAUCUCCUCAACCCCGUCGAUGCCUCGCUCUUGUUUCUCCAUGGGCCUCUUUUUUUCGUUUUGUAAAAUUUAUAUCCAUCAGGGGGGGAAACCAUCAAAGCAGUUUACAAAAAAGAUAAACCAAUAAAAAUGAUCACUAAGAAAAUUACAACCAUAAAUUAUAGAAAGUUAAAACCACAAUUAAAUAGACUAACACAGAUUAAAACUCUGUGUUAAAUUUUCUAAACAUGUGGCUUAGCUUGUCUAGAUAAGAGUGUCUUCAGUGGCUACUGUAAAGAAUACAGUAAAGUCACCUGCCUGGUAUCAAUAGGCAGGGAGUUUCAAAGUGUCGUUGCUGUCACACUAAAUGAUUGAGUUCCUACAGAUGUGGUGCAGGUAUUAUGUGGUGCCUGUAAAAGUGCCAAUUCUGCUGAUCGAAGUGGUCAAGAAGGCACAGGUGGUGCCAUUUUGUUUGGCUCCCUUUCUGUUGGCAUGCACCACUUGAGUCUUGCUGUUGUUCUGCCUUGUAGGUAAACCUUGGCCCCAACAAAAUGAUCAUAGACCUCACGGACGCAAACCGCCCGCGAUUCACGCUGCAGGAGCUGAGGGAGGUGCUUCAGGAACGCAACCAGCUGAAGGCCCAGCUGCUGGUGGCCCAGGAGGAGCUGCAGUGCUACAAGAGGUAAGCUGCUAGGUUAUGGCUUUUUUAAGGCAGCCCUUUGGAACGUCAAAUACAUUUUUCCUGCUGGAAUGCAGACUUACUGUACUGGACUGUGCAAUUAUCUGCAGUUUGUGAGCAGCUGAGGAAUUAAGCUGUGUAGCUCUGAUUUAGACACUGGGUAACAUACAUCCAUGUGUUUAUUGCUUGACUGAUAGUGGCCCUCUAAUUUCACGGGAUUGGGGCUGGCUGGAAAGGAAAAAUAGGGAAGAACCUAAACAGAUGGAGAAGUGGAAGACAGGGCGGCAGGGGGAAGCAGAAAUGGACAGAGGAGUAGAGGGAGCCCUCAGCAAGUGAGAGCUUCAGGAUUCUAGUAAGUGUGAUCUGUCCCUCUUCCAGCAGCCUACUGGGCUGGGUUGCAGCCAUGGAGAGAGUGAUAAGGAUGAGUGAGAGAGGUUCUGUGUGAAUGUGUGCAUGAGAGAGAGAGAGAGAGACAAAGUUGUGUCAGAAAGAGAGAGAAUAUCUUGGUUCAAACAGAAAUGGAAGUAGGGAGUGGGCUUCCAAUAUCAAUGUUCCCUUCUUUGAAACAAAAAAUUAGAACCGGUCUUAAGAUGGAAAAUAGAUUUACAUAAACCAUGUUUAACUCUUGGAAGGCAAAAGCAGAUGUGUUAAUAGAAUCAUGGAAUUGUAGAGUAACUUGGAAGGGAUCCUGCGGGUCCUCUAGUCCAAGAAUCUCAACUAGAUCAUACAUGACAGGUGACCAUCCAACCUCUACUUAAAAACCUUCAAGUAAAGAGAAUCCACCAUCUGUCAUGGGAGUCUGUUCCACUAUCAAACCCCUUUUCCUGUCAGAAAGAUCUUCCUGAUGUUCAGUCACCUGUGAUUCCUUUGGCUUUCCACCCACUUUGAAGUAAUAUUAGUUGUGUGUAUGAUGAGGGGGGUUCUUUACUGCUAAUGUUGGUUCAACAAUAAUAGUGUUCCACUGACCAGAGAGAACAACUCUCAUCCUUUGUAAAAUCAGUGCAGGGGAGAAGGGUUUAACUUCUUAAGAUCUAUGUAUGUUCUUUAGACUCUUUAAAAUAUCAGUGAAAACAAGGCUUAGGGGAAGAAAUAGUCAGAUCAGUGGACUAGACUGUGGAUGAAGCCUCAUUUCAGAUCAGUUUCAGUGAGGAACUUGAAACUGAUUUUGAAAUUAAUACAUAGGUGGUACUUGACCCCUAGAAACUUAGCAGUGAUGAUCAUCACUGAAUUGUUAGAGAGGCUGCUGUUCUUGGGUACUUAUUUCCAUGUAUGGUGGGACUGCCCUGAUGUAAAAGUAUUUUGGUUAUUAUGUUUUGCUGAAAUGACUAUAAUAACACAGAAAUAAAUUGAGGUAGCACCAGUGUUUCUUAAACUGAAUAUUUUUACAGACGAUAACAGACCUACACAGUAAUGAACUUGUUGGACAUAUGUCACAAGCUGCAAGGAUUGUUAGGAUUGUUAGUUAGGUAUUGGAAAGAUCUUUCCAGUGCUGUGCUGUCAAAAUUGAUAUUGAGCGGUACAGGAGACAGUAUUCACAUGUCAUGUCGAAGUUUAAAGCUCCUGAGCUAAGUUGCCAAAAUUCUUUAAGGUGGUGAGGGGAGCAGGAAGUCAUGUGCCGUAUUAGCCCAAAUAUAAGCCACACCUUUAAAAUUGGGGGGGAGGGGAACCCAAAUAUAAGCCGCUCCCUUCCUCGCUUCUCAUGACUGCAUACGGGGGAGGGAGGACGCUGCGUUGCCGGCGGCCUUUCCACUUCCUCACUCUCUCCCUUCCUGGCCUUGGAGGAGAGGAUGGGGGGCUAUGCACAGGGCUGGCGCCACUUUGCCGCACUCCUGGCGCUGUUUGCCCCACGCACCUGGCUGCAGACCGUAAAGCCACAAAUAUAAGCCACACUUUAAUUUUUCACAGUCGGAAUUUGGGGGGAAAGUGAGGCUUAUAUUCCAGCCAAUACGGUAGUUUAAAAUAUGCUUUCAAUGUAUGGUGUGCCUGUGACCAGUUUCAUGCUUAAUGAUUACAAAAGGGUAUAUGACGUCCACAUGUCAUGUUAGAAGGGGCAUAAUCCCCUCUCUUUUUCUGUCAGUGGCCUUGUUCCAGAGAAGCAAGACUGGGGUGAUCCCUUGCAGAAGGCUCCGACUGUGGUAACCACUUCAGAUUCGUGUCAAAGAAGGGAAGAAAAGACCACCAUCAAGCGAUUGUGAGUUCUGCUGCUGUAGUUGUGGGCCAGGGGCAGGAAAGAAAGCCUAGGCGGUCCUGUUGGUCUAGUUAUUACCAGGGGAAGCUGAAAUCUACUUUCAAGGUAACACCGUUAUUAGAAUCAGCUAAAACAGGCAUGGAGAACCAGUUGUUGCACUAUAAUUCCCAUCAUCACUGACUCCUGGCCUUGCUGGCUGGGGCUGAUGGGAGCCAGAGUCCAACAUUCAUCUGAAGGGUCACAGCUCCCUCAGCCUCACUUUGGCUGCACACGUCUGUUCCCAGCAGGGAAAUGGGCCUAUGCAGCCAGCACAGAAUGGAACCCACCUCCCACUCAUCAGCUGGGGCCACUCCAUCAGUGAUGUCAGCUGAUUGACAGGUGACUCUGCUCGUUGAAAAAAAAUGGACUUGUGGGCCAAAUAUGUCCUCCCUGGUGGGCCACGUUUGGCCUAUCGCCCUCCUGCAGUAAUUCACCUUCCGUUGCACAGUCUGGGCUCUAGUUCCGUGUGGCAAAGCAUCUGCUUUGCAAGCAAAAGGUCCCGGGUUCAAUCCCAGCAUCUCUAGGUCAGGCUGGGGGCGUGAAGAGCCAGUCAGUAGACAAUACUAAGCUAUAUAAGCCAAUGAUUGGACUUGGUAGUCUCUACUACAAUCAUAGGGUUACAUGUCCCUACUCCCCCCAUUGAACGGGGUGACAGUGGGUCACUGGCCUUGGCAUGUGCCCCACUGUACCUACCUGUGAUGGUGGCCCUGGCCUUAGUUGUUGCCUCACUGCACUUGGGUACCUCAUCCUCACUCACCAUCUAUUCCUCCUUCCAAAUGCAGGUUUGCUUUUAAAAAGCCUUGAAGAGGAGCCUCCCUUGUUGAGCUUUGAAGGCUGUAUGGGAGACAACAUCUGGAGCAAAAACUCAAGGACUGCACUAGUUGAAGGCUGUGCUGGUUGUUUACUGUAGCAGCAGGAAGGUUGGGGCACUGUGUUUCUGUGCAAAGUUAGCAUCCCUUUCCCAAGUUCCUUGUUGCUACAAAAUGUUUCUCACCCAUAUUAUGGGUGCAGCCGUCCUACGGGAAAGGCUUGUAUGCCUGCAAAGAGUGGAAUAAAUUGGUACACACCUUUGUUUCUUUAAUCA